CACAGCUUGGACCGAACCUUCCCGUUGAUAUGCAUGCCAAGAUGUUUGCUGGCCUGUUGCUGACCAUUCUUCUCAGCAUCAGCUUUUUAACAUCUGAAUCUCAAGCAAAGAUUGUUCCAAGACCGGACAGGAUGCAAAGAAGUGUGGGACUUGUCCGGCGGGACUGGCCAAUGCAGCUGACACAGGACCAGAAGCAUUUGAUCUCCCAGUUCUUGCCUCACCUGUAUGCCUCUGAACUUGCUGCUGUGGGAAAUAAUCUGAAUGAGGAUGAUACGCAUUUUCCAAACUGGAUGGAUUUUGGACGACGAAGCUCUGAAGAUCAAGAUGGAGAUGCCUAAGUUAUCCUGGGUCAGGGGUAGCUUAAGCCCCAGGCAAAUAUCUGAUAGACAGAGGCAAAACCACAAAUUCUAAAUUUAAUAAUCAUUUUGUCCAUGUUCAGAUAAGAUUUUCAUGCCUAUUUGUGCCAAU